GUACGAAUAGGAAGAAAAAAAAAUAUUACAUAAAAUUAUAAAUUAAAAAUUGUCAUAAUUAAAAUGUGUAAUUCGUCAUCAUCUGAAAUGUCAUCUAAUUUUCUAAAUGUUAUUAAUGAUGAUAGUCCAAGAUUAAGAGCAAAUUCAUGUAAUUCAACAUUAAAAUUAUCAAUUAAUACAUCAAAUAUUUUCAAUGAUACAAAUUGUUAUGGAAUACCAAGAUCUAAUUCAUAUAGUCAUGGUUUAAAAUUAAAUUCACCAAUUUUAAAUAUAACAAAUGAAACUUUUACUACAAUUAUAUCGAAUUUGAAACGUAAUAGUAAAAAUUUUAAUAAUGAUAUUGAUAGAAGUCGUUCCGAUAUAGAUAUACAUAAUAAUAUGGAUAUUGAAAAUGAAAAAGUUUUUGAAUUACUGUGUAAACAAGGUGCUACUGUUCCAUUUUUAAAGUAGUAGAAAAAGUUGUUGAAAUGAAAAGAAUGGUUUCUGUUUUUUCUUCAUCAUUAAUUUUGAAGUGAAUAACAAAUAUGGAUAUAUGCAGAAGUGAAUAGAAUAUACUUGCAUACAUAUUGGACGAGAGGAUUUUGAUGAAAGAAUAAAAUUUUCAGAAUAAUAUGUGAAGUGCAUAAAAUCUGAUUUAAUUAUAAAAUUUUUAUGAAUUUUUUUAAAAUUUAUAUCAUUUGCAUUUAAGCAUAACAAUCAUUGGAUAUUAAAUUUUUAUCUAAUUAUAUAAGCGAAACAUCUGCUAACCAUAAUAAUGUUAUGAAGGUUUUUUGUUAUUUUUUUAAUUUUAAUAGUUAUAAUUUUAUAAUUUAACAAUUCUAUAAAACACUAUUAUAAUUGGAUAAUAAUGAAAAAGUUUUAAUUUUCAUUCCUGCCGUAUUCAAUGCAAUGUUGUGUUUUAGAUGCAAUGAGUGGAACUUUUUAAUAUCAGUAUAAAAAGUUUAAAGAGUAACAAAUUUUAUUAAUCCUUGAAAAAGAACAGAAUUUUGUAUAUAGGAUUUAAAAACUUGUAUAUGAAUUUCAAAUGCAUAAAAUUAAAAAUGAUUAUUGUUACUUAGUACUAUAAAAAUAAAUAAAAACAUUAAGUACUAAAAAUAAAAUUUAUGUGUAUAUUAUGCGUGGAUUAUGAUAAGAUUAUAAUUUAUAUAUAUAUAUAUAUACAAAAAAGUACAAGAGGCAAAAAUAAAAGAAUAAUUAUUAAAAAAUAAACUUUAAUCAACAGAAUUUUAUUAAUUGAUUUUAAUAUUAGUAAUAUAACCUCAAUUUUUUUGUUGAUAAGUUGA